AUGUCGGACAGAUGUCCGGUGACGUCUCUGUACACACCGCUCUCGGUGGAGAUAUUAUUCCACUACUCGUCUCACUCAACACACGUGUGUAACUCCGGCCGCCACCCGGAAGUAAUUCAUCGUCCCAGUCCUCCGGAAGCACGUGAAGGAUUUAAAGGGGACCGCAGUAAACUGAAGAAGGGAUCCCCAUCUUAUCCCCCGGAACCAAAAGAACAGGAUUUGCAGAAAGGAAGAUCAAUAUUUUUACAAAAUAUCAGAGACUUCUUUUCUGCUCGACAGGCGACCCCUGAGCCAGACAUGGACAUGGAUAACAGGGGCAUGCGUGUUGCUCUACCACCUCCUAUGGAAAAUGAAGAUCUUGAGGGCGCUCUGAAAGAGACAGAAGAAGUUCUGAUCGGUUUUUUGGGAGUAUACAUAAAACUGAUAUAUUGUAUCACGGCAGCUCUGGUAGCGAUCAUCCUGAUCCUUAGUUCAGUCGUCUUCUGGUGCUAUAAACGGACAAAGACUGAAAGGAAGAAGGAAGAUGACGCAGCAGCUUGUUGGGAGGAUGGCCCUGUUCCUGCUACUGCAGAGCCAGGCAUGGACAUGGAUAACAUGUACAUGGAUAACAUGGACAUCAACGACAUGGGCAUCAACAACAUGGACAUGGGUAACAUGGACAUGGAUAACAUGGACAAACCUGCUCUACCACCUCCACCGCCGUAUAAGGCGAAUGCAGAUAAACAUUCGAAGGUGGAUACGUUGCCAAAUGGGGUCCUCGAACCUGCCACUGGAAUAGAUCUUCAGGGCGCUCUGAAACAUACAGAAGGCGUUCUGAUUGGUGUUUUUGGAGUAUACAUAAAACAGAUGUAUUAUAUUAUGGAAGCUCUGGUAGCGAUCAUCCCGAUCUUUAGUUCAGUCGUCUUCUGGUGCUAUGCACACAGGGCAGGACCAAGGCUAGGAAGGGGUCUCCACAAUGGCCCAAGGCAAAAUCAACAGCUAAAUAGAAAUGAAUUUGGCGGAGCAAAUGAACGGCAAGAGCAUAGACCUAGAGAAAGAAAUGCACAGCAAGUUGGAGGGCACCACGAGCCAAGAUUUGAGGGAUUUAAAGAACGUCAGCCUGAAAGACAGCGUGAACAAAGGGAUGGUGGACCACAUGAGCACAGGGGUGGAAGGCGAAAUGAACAACGUGGUGGAGGCCGAAAUGAACAACGUGGUGGAGGCCGAAAUGAACAUGGUGCGAGAGGACAAAAUGAGCAUAGAGGUGGUGAACAGCGUGAACAUGGUGUUGGUAGACAUAAUGAACAGCGUGGUGGUGGACGUCAAGGGCAUGGACCAGGAUUACGAAAUGAACAAAGAGCCGGAGACCAGCAGGGUAAUAACUGGGGUAGAGAAAACCACAACCAGGAAGGAAGGGAAAAUCAUAGACCACAACCAGAAAGGCCACGCCGGGACAGAGAGAGUGGAAAGGAGCAUCGAGUCAUACGUCUGGGUUACAAAGCUCUUGAAGAACUUUUGAGAAAGGAAACCUCAGAAGUAGCGAUCACUCUAGCUGCACAUCCUGGUCUAAAGGAUUUGCUGUCAGCCACUGAAAUGAGGCCAGAUUUGGUGGAGUUGCUGUGUAAGGCUGUAUGCAGGGCCUGCACCUCUAGAUUAGAGAGGCAGAGUAUUCAGCAUCUCCUUGGACAGGUCAAAUCAUCUGAAUAUAUUCGUAUUUGCCUCCCGCACUAUAUAGUAGGAAUGAUGACAGAACCUGUCUCUGAGAGGAGGCAGCGUUAUCCCGAUAACAUUGAUAGUAUAAUAACUCUUCUGCAAGAAAUUAUAAGCAUGUUUCCUGCCAGUAGCAUACGAGAGACUUCAAUGUUGGUGGCUCUCAUUCCUAACUCUAUUAACAGUUUACGUGCUUUUGGAAUAGAAGUGGGGGAACAUAUAGAGCAGAAUCUAGAAAGGGUAUCAAAUUUUAUUCAGCAUCUACAGGACAGGAGAAGAGAAGGAACACUACGAGUGGACUCACCCAUGGUCAUUGGAGCAGACGUUCCUGUUGAAGAUUUUAGAACAUUGAGUGUGUACCCUACUUUUGAUGAAGUUCAUCGGGGUGAAAAUCCAUUUCUUAGACCAAAUAAUGUGUAUAACAAGUUUGAAAGCACUGACCUUUACUUGGACACACACUUUCGACUCUUGAGGGAAGACUUUGUACGGCCAUUAAGGAAAGGGAUCCAAGACAUCCUUCACCAUGAUGUUAGAGGCAUCCGUAAAAUUAAGUUUGAUGACAUUCGUGUUUACUUCGACACGCGCCUAAUUACUCCUAUGUGCACACCCUCAGGAAUUGUGUACAUAGUCAAGUUUGAUGUCACACCGUUAAAGUGGAUACGCUGGCAGAACUCCAAAAGACUGUUGUAUGGAUCACUAGUUUGCCUGUCCCAGGACAAUUUUGCAUCCUUCUUAUUUGCCACAGUUUCUAAUCGUGAUGCCAAAGAGCUGGAACAAGGUGAGGUGCACUUGCAGUUCUGUGAACAGAGUAGAGAGCUUCUGGCAAGGACAAACCCAGCUGAUUCUUUCAUGAUGGUGGAGACUACUGCAUACUUUGAGGCCUACCGUCAUGUGUUGGAGGGCUUGAAAGAGAUGAAUGCACAGGAUGUGCCUUUUCAGAAAUACAUUGUAUCAUGUGAAAGUGAGCUGGGACCACCACGGUAUCUCAAUGCCGGUAUCCAGUAUGAUCUUAGCUGUAUGAUGAGCAAAGAGAAAAGAGACAUCCCAGCUGCAAGGAACAAACUCAAUAUUCUGAACCCCUUGGAAUGGCCUUCCAAAGAGUCCUUAGGCUUUGAUGAGUCUCAAAUAGAGGCUGUAAAGCUGGCACUGACCAAGGAGAUCGCCAUUAUUCAGGGGCCUCCAGGCACAGGCAAGACAUACGUUGGACUGAAGAUUGCGCAAGCUCUGCUCACUAACCUUGAUGUAUGGCAAUUAAAUGGACACCUCUCUCCAAUUCUUGUGGUCUGCUACACUAAUCACGCAUUAGAUCAGUUUCUGGAAGGGAUUCACCAGUUCUUGAAGAAUGGUAUUGUACGUGUUGGAGGACGUAGCAGCAGCGAAGUUCUAAAGCAGUUUAAUGUCAGAGAAUUAAGGCAUGAGAUUCACAAACACUGCCCACUCCAUAUACGCAGGGCAUGUGGAGAAGUCUUACAAGAAAUGAAGUUGUCAGAAUCUAAACUCUUUGAAGGUGGACAGCUUCUGCAAUGCUCAACAGCUGGUAUUAUUCAUGAAAGGUUCCUAGAGAAACACAUCUUAGAUCACCACUGGGAUAGCUUACAUAGCAUGACGUAUGAUGAUGAGUUUACAACUCUUGCGAAACGAAAAAUGUCCGUCAUUGUUGAAUGGCUUGGGCUUGGAUCUUCACCAUUUAUGCAGAAAGCAGCUCCCCAGUUGGACCUUGAGGAGUUGGAUGAAGAGGAACAAGAGGAAGAGGAGUUGGUUGACAUUCAGGAAGAGGCGGACCUAAUCCACCAAGAACGUGCCCUUGAUGAGGAGGAUGACGAGGAAGCAGCAAGGCAGAGAAAAAGAAAGGCUAAAAUGAAGGACAAUGAAAUAGCCAGCAUUAUGCUUGCAAUGUCACUGGAAAACAAGGACUCCCAGGAGCCACAGGAAAAUGAGGAAAAAGAGGGGGAAUGGCAGAUGACAAAGAAACAGAAAAAGAGAAGACAAAAAAGGAUGAAGGAUGAACUGCAGAAAACAGAAGCAAUGACAGAAGCUGAAGUUGACCAGAUUGUAGAUAUUUGGGGUGUGGAUAUAAAUACGCGAUGGAGACUGUACAGGUACUGGAUACAACUCUACCAGAGGGAUAUUCGUUUAAAGAUUCUGACUCAUGAGCAGAAUUAUCAAGCCUUAGCAGAUCGUUUAAUAGAGCUUAGACAAAGACAGGACCUACAGAUCCUUCAGAAAGCUAAAGUCAUUGGAAUGACAACCACAGGUGCUGCCAAAUACCGGCGUAUCCUCCAGGAAGUACAACCGCGGAUUGUUAUAGUGGAAGAGGCAGCAGAAGUCUUGGAAGCCCAUAUUAUAACCACACUCAGUUCAGCUUGUCAGCACCUCAUUCUGAUUGGAGACCAUCAGCAGCUGAAGCCAAGCGCAAAUGUUUAUGAUUUGGCCAAGAACUUUAACCUUGAAGUGUCGCUGUUUGAACGUCUCAUAGAGUCAAAACUGCCGUAUGUGCGUCUGAAUUAUCAGCACCGCAUGAGGCCGGAAAUAGCUCGAUUAUUGACUCCUCACAUCUACAAAGAGCUGGAAAACCACCCUUCUGUACUAAACUAUGAAAAUGUAAAGGGAAUCUCAUCCAACCUCUUCUUUGUGAAACACAAUUCCCUGGAAAUGGAGAUUAAAGAUGGGAAGAGUCACCAGAACAUGCAUGAAGCUGCUUUUGUUGUAGAGCUAUGCAAGUAUUUCCUGCAUCAAGAGUACAAGCCAUCUCAGAUCACCAUCCUCACCACUUACACGGGGCAGCUUUUCUGUCUCCGCAAGCUCAUGCCAGCCAAUACAUUCUCUGGAGUUAAGGUUCAUGUUGUGGACAAGUACCAGGGGGAGGAGAAUGACAUCAUUCUUCUCUCACUGGUCCGCAGCAACAGAGAUGGAAAAGUGGGUUUUCUUAAGAUUGCCAACCGCAUAUGUGUGGCGCUGUCUAGGGCCAAAAUAGGAAUGUACUGUAUUGGCAACAUGGACAUGCUGAGCAGUGUGCCUCUCUGGAGCCGUAUUAUUGGAACUCUGCAACAGAAGGCUCAAGUAGGAAGCCACCUUAUGCUUUACUGUCAGAAUCACCCUGAGACACAUAGCCUUGUGAAUUGUGCCAAUGAUUUUAAGUCUGUACCAGAAGGAGGCUGCGACAAAAAAUGUGAAUUCCGCCUAAACUGUGGACAUGUGUGCACACGUGUUUGCCAUCCAUAUGACCAAGAGCACAAAGAAUACCAAUGCAAUAAGGCCUGCCAAAAAGAGUUAUGUAAGGAUGGGCAUAGAUGCAAACGUAAAUGUUUUGAGAUCUGUGGAGAGUGCAUGGUGGAAGUGGAGAAGGAGAUAACAUCGUGUGGCCAUCUGCAGAUGGUACCAUGUAGCAUCUCUGAAAAUACGUUCCGUUGCACUUUGCCCUGCCAAAAGACCUUACAGUGUGGCCAUCCAUGUGAAAAGGCCUGUGGAGAUAACUGUGAAGUGCGCUGUCAAAAACAAAUAAGUGUAGAGCUAAAAUGUGGUCAUACGCAACAAAUUAAAUGCUGGCAGAAGCGAGACCUAGAAUUCGGCAUGCCUGUGACGUGCAGACAUUCUUGUGAUGCUACAUUACGCUGUGGUCACAAGUGCUCUGGUACUUGUAACACAUGUUUACAAGGAAGAUUUCAUGUUGGUUGCAGACAUCCCUGCAAGGCUAUUUUAGUUUGCUCACAUGAAUGUCAAGAACCGUGCACAAGGGAAUGUCCUCCUUGUAGCAGUCCAUGUCAGAACCGGUGUAUCCAUAGCCAGUGUAAAAAGAAAUGUGGACAGAAAUGUGCCCCGUGCAUGGAGCCUUGUUCUUGGAGCUGUCAGCACUACAGGUGCACUCGGCUAUGUUCCGAACCCUGUGACCGUCCUCCAUGCGAUGUCCCUUGUGACAAGAAGCUCCGCUGUGGACACCCAUGCAUCGGUUUGUGUGGGGAGCCCUGUCCUAAAAAGUGUCGCAUAUGCCAUGAAGAUGAAGUCACUGAGAUAUUAUUUGGCUUUGAAGAUGAACCAGAGGCAUGCUUUGUUGAGCUACAAGACUGUGGACACAUUCUUGAGUCUUCAGGCAUGGAUACUUACAUGAGCGGACAAAGUGACCCUGAAGAGGGGAGUGCAAUUAAACUGAAAGAAUGCCCGAAAUGCAGGACUCCCAUAAGGAGAAACUUGAGAUAUGGGACCGUAAUUAACAAAACCCUGAGCGAGAUUGAAAAAGUCAAAGAACGGAUAUUAGGGCCAGAUAUUCAGAGAAACGAAACCAGUGAAAGACUCAAAGCAAGUCUGCAGCUGAUGACUGAUGUAAAAAGAAACCUUUAUGAAGACUAUAUGGAAUUAAUAGAGACCCUGGACAAUCCAGAAACACAACUCAGAACUUUGCUCAACCUGGAAAACGUGAUGCGUUUCUACGAAAGACUAGCAAAACUGUUUAAUAACAUUAGCAAAGUUGACACAGAAGAGAAGUCUGACUUGAAGAAUCGUUUAUUGCUGAUUAAGGAGUGGCUGGGGAAGACCCGUUCAUUCCUUUCAGAGCAGGAAUUAUCUGAUCUGCAGACUGAAGUGGCACGCUUCACUUACCUUCUACGACUGCUUGUGAAAUGUAAAGAAGCCAAAGUGAGGAUCACACCAGAAAACCAAAGGGAGAUAACUUUUCUAAGGGAUAUGUUGGAAAGCAAUAAACCAUUUACUGAAACGAAUGAAAUCCUUGUAAAGACAAAAUUAAAGGAGCUAGAUAAACGUCUUCCAAAUACAGGACUUGGGUUAACAGAAGAUGAACGUGUGAUGAUUGUACAGGCCAUGGGUCUUCUGAAGGGUCAUUGGUUUAAAUGUCCUAACAACCACAUCUAUUGUAUCACAGAAUGCGGUGGAGCAACAGAGCAAUCCCAAUGUCCAGAAUGCAAAGAAGGCAUUGGUGGAACAAACCACGCGCUCCUUCCAACCAACAGGCUGGCUACUGAAAUGGAUGGAGCGCAACAUGCAGCUUGGUCAGAUGUUGGAAACAAUAUUAUGAAUUUCCAAAACCUCUUCGACUAAUUCCCUUCAUACAGAGAAGGUACUUGCUAAAUGUAGGCUUAAAAAUAU